UAAAGCUUUCUAAAAUGGCUUCUGGUGUGUCUUCUUCCUGUUAAAGCAGGAAGUGAUGUAAUUGCAGCAAAAAAUAUAUUUUCUUCCCUUACUAGUCUUCCCUGCCUAAUGAAGUGAGACGGAAGCUUUCACUUUCAGGGUUGUAAAAUAAUGAUGAAAAUAACGCUACGUUUAUCUAAAGAAAAGUUGUAGAUGAAGGGGAGGGACUUCCACAUCACCUGAGUGUUAGCUAAAUGGAAAUAACGUCAAUCAAAGGCUUUCAGAGCUAGGAAGGAGCUCUACAUGGCGGAUGAUCCUUAGGAAGGCUGCUAUGGGCUGGCGUCAUACCGUUUUUCUUGGCCGUGUGUCUACUCGGUCCACGUCCUGCUUCCUUAAAAUGAUGCUUCAGGUCUUACGGUUGACAUUUUAACGGGAUUUUUGCCGUUUUGUGGUGUUUUUGGACUGUUUCUUCGUGUCGAAUGCGUCGUCUGGACUGUCGUUGUUUUCCAUGCAGGGCUCCGGCAGCCAUGGCGAGUCUCCAUUUUUAGUGUGCAGCCGCUGUCUGUGUCUUGACAGCACAUCGGGUCCGGAGAGGCCUACAAUGUCUUAGAAACUCAUUUCUUUUUUGUAAUGAACUACAAAUUGUUACUUUUCACUGUUUAUCCGGGAUUUUGAAGCGGGCAUUUAUUUAAUUAGCUUCGCGACGAAAUCUCAAUGAAAUAGCUGCUUUAUCGGAUGCUACCUAACCAGUGGAAUGCUAAUGUUUACAUUGUUCGUUGUACUAAUUCCACAUUUUCUCAUCGCUAAAAGUUUAUUUUUUCACUCAUUGUUCUGGUGACGCAGUUGCAAUAAAUUGAUGCGACUCGUCCCUUGCUUGGACUAAAUCGGAAUAUAGUCAUUGCACGUUUCGGCUAAUGGAAUCUUGUCUUUAGCAGGUAUAUUUCAAUGAGCAACGUGGAUAUUGCUAUAAUGAUAACAUUCUUAAAUAUAAAGCCACUUUCUCCUUUCGCUUCGCACCGCCUGGGAUUUAACUGCCUCCCGAGUGUAUGCAGUCUACAGGGACUUCUGUGACACUUUUGGGCAUUAAAUACCAGGACAUCAACCGAUCAAAGGAUAUUUAUCUUUUCAAAGAAAUCAUUUUGCAAUCAUGAAGAACGGGAAUAAAAAGCAAGAGGAUGAAGGGUCGGCUCACAGCAAUGCAUCCAGCAACUCGGCCUCCGAAGAAUCCAACCGCUCCGCGUCAGAGUCGGGCAGCCAGUCAGAGAGCGAGCACGGCGGCGAGCACGCUGGCGAGCACGGCAGUGAGCACGGCGGCGAGCACGCUGGCGAGCACGGCAGUGAGCACGGCGGUGAGCACGCUGGCGAGCACGGCGGCGAGCACCCCGGCGAACACGGCAGCGAGCACGGCAGCGAGCACGGCAGCGAGCACGGCAGCGAGCACGGCAGCCAGCACGGCAGCGAGCACGGCAGCGAGCACGGCAGCGAGCACGGCAGCGAGCACGCCAGCGAGCACGCCAGCGAGCACGCCAGCGAGCACGGCAGCGAGCACGCCAGUGAGAGGCAAGGAACCCGCAACUCUGAAUCCAACAGCUCCUCCGAGUUCGAGAGUCGCUCGGAGUCAGGGAGCGAGUCUGCCGAGUCGAAAAGACAAAGGGGUUUAGAUGCCCAAGACAAACCAGUGAAGAAGAAGGAACAGACUGCUGUCAAGAAGGCGUGGGAGGAGCACCCAGACGUGUACGGGAUAAGAAGGUCAAACCGCAGUAGACAAGAGCCGUCUCGCUUGAACAUCGGCGCUGGGGGUAGCAGUGACUCUGAGAGCGAAAGUCCAAAAAGGAAAAGCCCCCGUGCUAAAAAGAAGGAAAAUAUCUGGAAAGAUGAUGAUGAUGACUCAAAUGAUGACGAAGAGGAGGAAGCGUCCGACAGUUCAGACAGUGAGCAGGAAGAGAAAAAAGUUAGAUCCAGACGACUUCCUGCUAGAAGGCCUCAGACAAAAUCCUCAAACAAGAAACAAGUGUCCCAGAGAGGAAAGAAGUCCAGGAAACAAGAGUCUUCACCUGAGGAAGAGGACGACGAGGAUGAGGACGACGAGGAUGAGGACGAUGACGAUACUCCGAAGAGACAAACUCGUCGCAGAGGGGCGACAAAAGUCAAAAGCUAUAAAGAAGACCAACAUGACUUUGAAACAGACUCUGAUGACCUGAUUGAAAUGACGGGUGAUGCCUGCGAGGAGCAGCAGGACGACGACAGCGAAACCAUCGAGAAAGUCAUGGACACCAGGACCGGCAAAAAAGGAGCCACGGGAGCUUCCACGACCGGUUACGCUAUGGAAGAGAACGGCGACCCAUGCGAAGGCUUUGACCCCAAAAAUGAAGAGGAAGGUGAAACUCAGUAUCUGAUCAAGUGGAAGGGCUGGUCUUACAUCCACAACACAUGGGAGAGCCUGGACUCGCUGACGCAGCAGAAAGUGAAAGGUUUGAAGAAACUGGAGAACUACAUAAAGAAGACGGAUGAGCUUAAUUCAUGGUUGAGGAAGGCGUCUCCUGAGGAUGUAGAAUUCUAUAACUGCCAACAGGAGCUGAUCGCCGACUUGAAUAAGCAGUUCCAGUUUGUUGAGCGAAUCAUCGCAACCAAAACAGGGAAAACGCAUGGAUCCUCUGACUUCCCAUCUCACAGCCACAAGCUUCCAUCCUCCAACGAGCCAGAGUACUUAUGCAAGUGGAUGGGCUUACCGUACUCGGAGUGCAGCUGGGAGGACGGGGCGCUGUUGAAGAAGAAGUUUCAGCACUGCAUCGACAGCUUCCUACAUCGCAACUCCAGUAAAACGAUCCCCUCUAAAGACUGCAAGGUGUUGAAACAAAGGCCGAGAUUCUCUCCUCUGAAGAAGCAGCCGUCGUAUAUCGGAGAUGAGAACCUGCAGCUGAGAGACUAUCAGCUGGCUGGCCUCAACUGGUUGGCUCACUCCUGGUGCAGGUGUAAUAGCGUCAUCUUGGCAGACGAAAUGGGACUGGGAAAGACCAUCCAGACCAUCUCCUUCCUGUCCUACCUGUUCCACCAGCACCAGCUGUAUGGGCCCUUCCUGGUGGUGGUGCCCCUGUCCACGCUCACCUCCUGGCAGAGGGAGUUUUGUACCUGGGCCCCCGACAUGAAUGUAGUAGUCUACCUCGGUGACGUCAUGAGUAGAAAAACGAUUCGUGAUUAUGAGUGGGUGAACCAUCAAACCAAAAGAAUCCGUUUCAGUGCACUGUUAACCACAUAUGAAAUUCUUCUCAAAGACAAGGGGGUUCUUGGUAACAUCAACUGGGCAUUCCUGGGUGUGGAUGAGGCUCACAGGCUGAAAAACGACGAUUCUCUCUUGUACAAAACCUUGAUGGAGUUCAGGUCCAACCACAGACUCCUCAUUACGGGCACCCCGCUGCAGAACUCUCUCAAGGAGCUCUGGUCGCUGCUGCACUUCCUCAUGCCAGACAAAUUCCACUCGUGGGAGGACUUUGAAGAUGAUCACGGCAAAGGACGUGAGAACGGCUACCAGAGUCUUCACAAAGUCCUCGAGCCCUUCCUCCUCAGACGUGUUAAAAAAGAUGUGGAGAAGUCACUUCCUGCCAAGGUGGAACAGAUUCUUCGCGUGGACAUGUCGGCACAGCAGAAACAAUUUUACAAGUGGAUUUUAACACGUAACUACAAAGCUCUUUCCAAAGGAACCCGAGGCAGCUCCUCAGGAUUCCUAAACAUCGUUAUGGAGCUGAAAAAAUGCUGCAACCACGGCUUCCUCAUCAAGCAACCUGAAGAAGGAGAGCCUGAAACACAACAGGAACACCUGCAAAGUCUGGUGCGGGGCAGCGGGAAGCUGGUGCUGCUGGACAAGCUGCUGACCCGACUCCGAGAGAGAGGCAACAGAGUGCUGAUCUUUUCGCAGAUGGUCAGAAUGUUGGACAUUUUAGCUGAAUACCUGGCCAAGAAACGCUAUCCAUUCCAGCGCCUGGACGGGUCCAUUAAAGGAGAAAUUAGGAAGCAAGCACUUGAUCACUUUAAUGCUGAAGGCUCAGAGGACUUCUGCUUUCUCCUGUCUACGAGAGCUGGAGGUUUAGGAAUAAACUUGGCCUCGGCCGACACUGUUGUCAUCUUUGACUCGGACUGGAACCCUCAGAAUGACCUGCAGGCACAAGCCAGAGCUCAUAGGAUCGGACAAAAGAAACAGGUGAAUAUAUAUCGACUGGUUACCAAGGGAACAGUUGAGGAAGACAUCAUCGAGAGGGCAAAGAAGAAGAUGGUUUUGGACCACCUGGUCAUCCAGCGAAUGGACACCACUGGUCGGACUGUACUGGACAGCAACUCUGGCAACACAAAUUCCAACCCAUUUAACAAGGAAGAGCUCACGGCUAUUCUCAAGUUUGGUGCAGAAGAUCUCUUUAAAGAGGCAGAGGGCGAAGAGUCUGAACCACAGGAGAUGGACAUCGAUGAGAUUUUGAGGUUGGCUGAAACAAGGGAAAGUGACCAGGGACCUGGAAAUGCCACUGAUGAACUUCUCUCUCAGUUUAAGGUGGCCAAUUUUUCUAGCAUAGAAGAAAGCGUUCCCACUGACUUUGAGGACAAACCGGGUCGGGAAUGGGAUGACAUCAUUCCUGAGGAGCAGCGACGCAAAAUAGAGGAGGAGGAGAAGCAGCGCGAAAUGGAUCUUUUCACGCUGCCCAGAAGCAGAAGUUCAAACAAGCGGGCUCAGGCCAAUGACAGCGACAGCGAUGCUGGUGCCAAACUGAAGCAGCACUCCUCGGGCUCUGAAAGCGAGACUGACGACAGUGACGAAGAUAAGAAGCCAAAGAAGAGAGGCAGGCCGCGUGCCCGCAAAAAUAAUGUGGAGGGUUUUAACGAUGCAGAGAUCCGCAAGUUCAUUAAGGCAUACAAGAAGUUUGCAGCUCCACUUGAAAGGUUAGAAGCCAUUGCACGCGACUCUGAGCUGGUGGACAAGUCGAUAGCAGACCUGAAGAGACUUGGCGAGCUCAUUCACACCAGCUGUGUGGCCGCAGUGCAAGAACAUGAGGAAAACCUUAAAGAGAACCCAGUUGAAGCUAAAGGUCCCGGGAAACGACGAGGAAUCAACAUCAAAAUUUCAGGGGUGCAGGUCAACGCCAAAUCCAUCAUACAGCACGAGGAGGAGUUUGAGCCCUUACACAAAGCGGUGCCACCCAAUCCGGAUGAAAGAAAUAAGUUUAGGCUUACAUGCAGAGUCAAGGUAGCACACUUCGAUGUAGAAUGGAAUGUGGAAGACGACAUUCAGCUCUUACUGGGAAUAUAUGAACACGGGUUCAGCAACUGGGAUCUGCUUAAGACCGAUCCUGACCUCAAGCUGGGCGAAAAGAUUCUUCCAGAUGAUCCUGGCAAGAAGCCUCAGGCCAAGCAGCUGCAAGCUCGAGCAGAGUAUCUUCUCAAGCUGCUGAAAAAGGAGCAAGACAGUGGAGAUCUGUCGAAAACAGGAGAUGAGGUCAAAGUGAAGAAAAGGAAGCCCCGGGUAAAAAAGGAGAAGGUCGUCAAGGAUGAGCAGGGUAAUGACAUCUCAUCUCCACGCUUGUCCGACAAUCCGUCAGAAGAGGGCGAGCUCAAGGAGGAAGGAGCAGAGAAGUCACCUGCCAAGAAAAGACAAAAGAAGAAGGACAACAAGGAGAAUAAAGAAAAACAGGGAACCCCCAAGAAGGAGAAGGAAGGCGAGAAGGAAAAGAAGGUGAACAAGGCAAGAAAAGAAAAGGCUAAAGGAGCCAAAGGGAGGAAAACCCAAGGGCCAGUCCACAUCACCGCCGGCUCUGAGCCCGUUCCCAUCGAAGGAAAGGAGGACGAUGAACUCGACCAAGAGACUUUUAGUAUUUGUAAGGAGCGCAUGCGGCCCGUGAAGAAGGCCUUGAAGCAGCUGGAUAAACCAGAUGAGGGCUUGUCGGACCAGGAGCAGCUCCAGCACACACGCACAUGCCUGCUGAAGAUUGGAGACCGAAUCACAGAGUGCCUUAAAGCCUACAACGACCCCGAACACGUCAAGAUAUGGCGACGAAACCUCUGGAUUUUUGUGUCCAAAUUCACCGAGUUUGGCGCCAGGAAGCUCCACAAGCUUUACAAAAUGGCCCAGAAGAAACGAUCACAUGAUGAUGAGAAGGAGCUGAAGAAGAAGGACGACCCCGCAGGCAGAGUUAAAGCUUUCCGGCCCGAAGCCUCCAGUUCCAGUCGGGAUUCCUCGGGACCGCAGUCAGCGUCGUCCCACUCGGCAAAGUCAGGUCCACACGGGCACCACAGAGACCCUUACAACAUGGGCAACAAACGCCACUUUGGCAACGACGACCGAGGAGACUGGCAGAGGGAGCGCAAAUACAAUCACCCCGGCAACAGCAACCCGUCGUGGCAGGGGGAGCGCCACCAUCCGUACGACGGCCACCGCUACAAGGACCACUACGGCGACCGGCACUCUCACGGGGACUCGUAUCGCAGCUCGGGCGGUUACCGUAACAACAGCUCCCCCCGCAAGAGGCCGUAUGACCAGUAUAACAACGACCGCGACCACAGGACCCACCGGCCGUACUAUGACAGACAUUCGGAGCCCAAAAGAAGACGUCCGGACGACUUCCGCCCCAACUACCACCAGGGCCGAGAAACCCCUCAGGACUUCCGCCGGAUGCCCGACCACAGACCAGGCGGUCCGCCCGGUCCGGAUCAUUACGGCCGACCCUUCCAUCCGGACAAACCUCCGCCGCCGCCGCUGGAUCCUCGCUCCCCGCAGGCGCAGAAGUCGCCGCAUGACUCCCGCUCGCCUCUCGAGCGCCCCGCAGACCCCAACGCCCUCCCGGACCCCAACUGGAGCAACAGGAAGACAUAAAGUGUUGCAGUCCUCUGCUGGAAGGUACGACUUGAGCAAACAAUGCCAGUAAGAGCCAGAGGAACACUUAGUCCCAUGGACUACUUUCCUAACUCUUGACUCAUCUCAAUCCUAAAAGUGCCUAAAAGGGUUUUUUGGGGGGGCCUUUUUUCCACAAAAGUAUCGGAACACGCUCAGCAGGAACCAUGACGACCAGGAUGCAUUUUUGUGUUUCGCUUUCUAAAACUGAACUUGACGGAGCCAUGUCAGAAGUCAGAAGUAAGAACCACUUUGUCAAUCACGUACAAGCUGCAGUAUUUCCUCACAACACUACAAGUUCUACGGGAACUACUCCAACCAUGUCUUUGGUUCUUUGCCUGACAGUAUUAUGAUCCUUCUUCUCAAUCAUCUUCAAACUCCCAGUGCCAAGCUUCACCUUCUUCCUUUCUUCUGCUUCUCACGUGUGUGCCUUAUUUACAUGUCUGCUUGCCUCCAGGAUCACCGCGGGACUCCAAGUAUUCCACAGUCACUUUUCUUAAGGACAGGCGGAGAGCAGGGAAGGGACCAUUGUGUUGUGUGAUGAUAACCACAGAAAGGUGUUUCUUCUCCUUCCUCUUCCUCUUCCUCCACGUCCAGCAGGCUCCCCGUCUUGUAUCAUAUGUUCUUGAGGAAAAAUAAUUUAUAUUUGUGAUGAAACCACUCUUGAUGAGAAAUGUGCUGUACAUAUGUUUGGACAUAUGUAAUAAAACUUUGUUACACAAAGGACUAAA